CUUACAUCAGGGAAGUAAACUAUUCAACUUGGCGGAAAGAACUGUGUUUAUAAAAGCCUCUUGAAGGAUUUAGUUACGCUACAGUGCCCUGGUUGGGUUACCUAGGCUAAUAUUACCAUGCAAAUGGUAAAGUAAGUGUGAACUGAACUCAAAUGUUAUCAGAGGCUGAGGUACAGCCUUUCAAAGAGGAGGGAGAAGUAUUACGACAUCAUACUGAGCUUCCCGAACUGAAGUCAAGCUAGGUAACCCACACCUAGAACCGCAGAGGACGCCGAAGGUGAACAACAGAGUUCAAGAAAAGGUUAACCAGUCUUCCGUUUUAUUGAGGUAUUUUUCGAGACAGUUCUGAAUAACUUUUAGUAAGGCUUGACGGACUUUAGCGAUGUCUCUGGCCGACCAGAGCCAGCAGUCGUAUCCUACGAGUGUCCAGGUAACGGUGCACCAGGCUCGGAACCUGCGUACCAAGGGAAAGAAUGGCACCAACGACUCCUACGCCAUCAUCCAGGUGGCCAAAGACAAGUUUUCUACCGCCGUGGCUGAGAAGUCUGUCGAUCCGGUGUGGAAAGAAGAGGCUUCGUUCGACCUGCCGCUCUUCCACCCGGGAAACGCUGAGCGCUGUAUGCUGUAUAUCAUAGUAAUGCACCGUGCCCAAGUGGGGCUGGACAAGUUCUUGGGCCAAGCUGUGAUAAACCUGCUGCAGCUUUAUGACAACAAGGCUCGCAAAAAGACAGAAUGGUUCAAGCUGGUGGACAAAACGGGAAAAGAGGACAAGGCACGAGGAGAGGUGCUGCUAGAUAUCCAAUUUAUGAGAAACAAUAUGUCAGCCAGCAUGUUUGACCUUUCCAUGCAGGACAAACCACGCUCUCGCAUUUCCAAGAUAAAAGACAAAGUGCGUGGGAAGAAAAAGGAUGGUUUCUCCGACUCGGCCUCAGCGAUUGUGCCCUCUGUCAGCCAGGUCCUCACAGACAGUGAGGGCGAGGCUGACGCGCAGUCACUCAACCAAUCUCCAGAUGAGAAAAAGAAAUCUAAGCUCAAAAAGCUCUUUGCCCCCAAAUCAAACUUGCAGCGUAACAUCUCACAGUCCAUGUCCACACUGGGGACACUGCCUGAGAAGAAUUCAUCUCUGAGUGGCAGCCGCUCAUCUGGUCUCAAUGUCAACUCUCCUGAUGUUAAGAAGAAAUUCAAAUUGGGACACAAACGAACCGGCAGCUCUGACAGCAAGGUAUCUUUGGGUCCUUUCUCCCUGCUGGGCCGCUCCAAGCAGAGCAACAGUGACCUAAACAACCUGUGCAUUAACGGCAGCCAUGUGUACACAGAGGAGACAGAACCCAAGAGUGGAUCUACACUCAGUCUGAACAGCUCUGGUCGAGGCUCUGUGGAAGAUGUCCGCAAACACACUUCUGAUCUCUCUGCAGAUGCUUUCAGGAGUGUAUCUGUCCCAUCAACAGACAGAGCUUCACAAGAACAACAGCACCAUCAAGAGGAGGAGGAAAGAAGGCAAGCAGAAGAAAGGCGCAUAGCAGAAGCAAAGAGGAUUGAGGAAGAGGAGAAACACAGGGCACAGCUCAAGAGGCUGCAGGAGGAAGAGGAGCGUAGACUGCAAGAGGAACAGGAGAGGAAGAGACGCUUCCUAGAGGAUGAGGCCAGGAGGAAGAAACAGAUGCCACCUAGUUCUCCCCGUGGCAACACAGAGAAUUUGUCAUCUGGAUCUGAGGGGUCUUCACCCACCAUGGCAGAUCAGAACAGAAGGGCCCUCCUACCACCCACUUACAGGAGCCAAACCAGAGGAAAUCUUACUCCUGUCAGAGAGAUUCAAAACCCGGCUUAUGAAGAGCCAGAAGAACCGCAACCAGGCAAAACCUCUGUGCCACUUCCAGAUUAUGAAACCCUCUUCCCUCAGAGGAGACACGGGGUGAAAGGGCAGCCUCGAUGGGAUAAUAUAAUUGCUGAGGUCAAUCAGAAACACAAGGGUGCACCUGUACUCUUGGGUCCUGAGAUGAGUGUGGACGGUCCAUUGGAGCAUACACCAAGUCCUAGGUCUUCUGUUUCACUGGAGACUCCUAACAUGAGGCUUUCCCAAGCUAAACCUCAGGAGACCAAACCUGUGUCAACAAAAAAAGCACCAGCCCCGACUCCUCCUAAACCAGUGACAUCUCCACUUCCACGAUCAGCAGCAGAUUCCAGUCAGAAACAAAGCCCGAGUGUUUCCCAACAGUCUUCAGUGACACGUAGUCAACCUGCAUCCCCAGCAUCAGUAAUAUCGGACACUUCAAGCAGAGUUACGUCAGGAGAUGGCGCAAGAAAGGUGCUGCAACCUUCACCCACACCUUCACCCAGAACACCAAGCCAAAUGGACUUGAAUACACCACCUUCAAGUGAUCAAAGCAAAGAACAAGCCACCAUGAACAAAGAAGCACCCACAGCUAAACCCAGACAAAGGGUCAGUGUCAACGAGCUAACAAAGGAACAACAAUCUGCUGUGAACGGUAACAUCCCAAAAGUAUCUAAUUCAAGUAUGAGCAGCACAGACAAAAAGUUAAAAGACGGCUUUGCAGAAGAGGACCCAUUCCCCAGUACUCAGCUUCUUUCCAGAGACCCAUGGACACUGCAGAAGGAAAACGGUGAUUCACUUUUUACUGGCGAUGCUAGUAGGAAGGAGGCGACACCUCGAGAUUGGGGAAUGACAGCAAAUGACUUUGAUAAAGUUUUUGGUCAAGAAAAAACACCAGAUCCUUUCACCAGUUUUAAUGGCAGUGAUUUGAAGAAACAGAGUGAAUACAGGAAAACGGAUGAUGAGUCAGUCCUAGACAGUCCUGCUUUCCAAAGAAAGAAUUCACAAAAAGGAAAGAAGAGCCUUCCAUCCACUACUCCCACACAGCAGAUAAUACCCACUGCCACUCAAGGUUUCAGAGAUAUCCCACUGCUGCUUCCCAAUGAUGGGAAAACACAGAGCAGUUUCAGUGAAGGAGAGGAUCUUUUUGGAGACCGAUCUUUUUUUCAAGCUUCAGAGCCCCUUCAAGUAGUUAUGGAGGAACCAGAAAUCUUGUCUGGGGGGAAGGAAACUUUGCGAACGAUGGUGUCACCAUCUGAGGUUCAGCCUGUCAGUACUCAGAAUAGCAAUGGAAGCGGGCUAGCGAUAAAUUCACGCAGGCCUCAUCCCGUGAAGCCUAUGAGCACAUCAGAGAGCCAGGGCAUCCACGCUAUGAAAGAGAUAAAGGUCCGGGACAGCACACCAGCAAAGACAAAGGUACUGUCAUACUGGUAUAAUGUACUGGCACGUAAACACCGUUAA